UCUGCUUUCGGUGCCAUAACCACGCACUGUAUGUAAAACAUAAUGAGUCAAAUUAAAGACCCCCCACCACCCCACGGCCCAAAAAGAGAAAAAGAAAAUAAUCAUAAUGAGGAUAUAAGUCAUUAGUAUCCCUGAUUCUUCUCCUUCAGAUGAAUUUAAAAAUAAUAAAAGUGUAAAAUCCUUUUAUGAUGAAUAAAUUGAAAGUUGAAAAUAUUUUGAAAGGAAAUUAUGAAGUGGUCCCCAGCACCCCACGUUCUCCCCCUCAUCCUUCAUCAUAGGCAUUCCUGCUCCACGUGUCAGCACCAUCACACGCACAAUUCCCUCGCUGGUUGACCCAAUACUAAAGCGCUUGUUUAUGAAAACAAAAAGGGAGGCAUCUUACGUCACCCACCUUUGACCAUUCCCAUUGCAUCUUUAAACACCCCAUUCUCCUCUCACCAGCAUCUCCCACUUCUCUCUGUCUCUCACUCACUCACUCAACUCAACUCAACCAUGGUAAGAGCAAGGGACGAUCUAUGCAUCAACGUUCCCACUUUCUUCAAGUGCCCUAUUUCCCUUGAUGUCAUGAAAUCCCCUGUCAGCCUCUGCACCGGAGUCACCUACGACCGCUCCAGCAUCCAACGCUGGCUCGACGCCGGCAAUAACACCUGCCCCGCAACCAUGCAACUCCUCCAAACCAAAGACUUCGUUCCCAACCGAACUCUACAGAGCCUCAUCCAGAUCUGGUCCGAUUCUCUUCGCCACUCAAAUCUCCUCUCCCCGGACCAGCUCCUACUAACCGUCGCUCAAUUGGAAACCCACUCUCUCCGCUCCGCUUCGCUCACCAAACUCCUCCACUUCGCCACAGAUUCUCACCACAACAAACUCUUCCUUGCCAAACUAGAAGGCUUCGUCAACCAACUCGUCCGUUUCCUCAACAAUGUCGACGACGGAGGACUCAUCGUCAGAGCUAACAUUCAAUUUCUCGAACAAGUUGUUCUUCUGUUAGGUCUGAUUCUCGACAGCGUCGAAGAUCGUGAUGGAUUGAGAAGCUCUUUGCUCAAAGGAAACAAGCAAAGCCUAGAUUCUCUGCUUCUCGUUCUGCAGCGAGGAGGCUGCGAUUCGAGAAUCGCCUCCGCCAGGAUUCUGCAGUUCAUCGCCGCGGACGCCGAGUCGAAGAUUUUAUUAGCCGAGAAGGAAGGCGUGGUCGCGGAACUGCUGAAAUCGGCGGCGCCGGAGAACGAUCCGGCGCUGGUCGAGGCCGCGCUGGCGAGCCUGAUCGCGAUUUCGGCGCCGAAGCGGAACAAACUGAAGCUGGUGAGUCUCGGCGCGGUGAAGGCGCUGUCGAGGCUGUUGGCGGAGGCGAAGCUGGGAGCGGCGGCGGUGGAGAAGGUGCUGAAGCUGGUGGAGGCGGCGUCGUCGACGAGGGAGGGGCGGAAGGAGAUAUGCGAGGACGCGGCGUGCGUGGCGGCGGUGCUGAGCAAGGUUCUGAAGGUGUCUAGCGUGGCAACGGAGCAUGCGGUGACUACGCUGUGGAGCGUGUGCUACCUGUUUCGCGAUCGCAAGGCACAGGAGGCAGUGACGCAGGCCAAUGGCUUGACCAAGAUUCUGUUGCUGAUGCAGAGCAACUGUGCGCCGCAAGUGCGCCAAAUGUGCACCGAUUUGCUCAAGAUUUUUCGGGUGAACUCCAAGUCAUGCCUCACCUGCUACGACACCAAGACCACGCAUAUCAUGCCGUUUUGACGCUCUCCCUCACACGCUUGUAAAAUGUAAAUCAAACCAAAUUUUGUUUGUCCAUAGACAGAUUUUAUAACAAGGAAAAUCAUCAGGGGAAAAAAAAAAUUCAUUUCCAAA